AUGUCUGUCGAAGCUGAAGGAUUUAAAGCAUCUCCAUUUUUGUCCCAAAUUGAACAAGGUCUCUCAGACAAGGAUCUUUCCAAAGCUGCUGUUCAAGCUGUCAAUGCCGUUCUCAUUAUUAACUUGAAGAACAAGGAUGGUAAAGAUCAAGCAUGGCUCUUGGACUUGAAGAAUGAAGGUUCCAUCAAGAAAGUCGAAGGUGCUCCACCAAAAGCUGAUGUUGAAUUGAUUUUGAAGGAUGUCGAUUUUGUUAAGUUGGCUGAAGGUAAAGCCAAUGGUCAAAAAUUGUUUAUGAAUGGUAAAUUGAAGGUUAAGGGUAACUUGAUGAAGGCUACUGCUAUUGAAUCUGUCUUUAAGCAAUUGGACCCAAGACCACAAUCCAAGUUGUAA